UUUCUUCAUAACUCCGCUUGCUCAUGAUGGAUAAGGAAGUUGUUUCUUCGAAGAAGCCAGGUAGGUCAACUCCUAAAGAGUUGGAACAAAUGGUCUUUAAACUGUGCAAGAAGUAUAAGCACAAGUCUUCCAAAUUCAUUUAUAAUAAGUGAAAAAAGAUGGUGACUCAGGAGAUGCAGAAGAGCCUUUAAGAAGGAUGAGCCACAGGCUCAUCCUGAAGAGGCAGGCUCAGCCGAUGAGUUUAGAGAAAUCACUCAGCAUUUUAUGAAGAAAUAUAAGCACCAGCAGCACAAAGGAAAAGAGAUUACAUAUACUCAGAAGCUUUACUCGAAGCUAGGAAAGGGCAAAAGGUUUAGAGAGCCUGUUUUGAAGGUCUCGUCUCGAAGGCUCCGCUCUGCAUGAUCUACUGCAAGCCAAAGGACUCAUAGAAGCAAAUAUAAACCAGCAAAGAAGCCUAAAGAGAUUCCUAGUCCUCACAUCCAAAUUUUAUCUGAUUCAGACUCAAUUGAUCUUAACAUUCUCAAGAGGCCACCCAGAAUGCUAACUGCUAGACUACCUCAGUCUCAAUGCUCAUUAAAGCCUCUUAAGAAGCAUCCAAUUCCUUUAGAAAAGAUUUUGCAAGAGAAGCAGAACUUUCCUUGGGAAGAAAUUGAUUUCCACAAUGACUUCAACAAGAAUGCCUUCAUCGACAACAUUUUGGAGCGGAAUGAGCUCAAGGAGAUGACCUUCAAGCGCCAUAAGGGAGCUACGAAGCGAGAGACUAUGAAGGGACUUGCCCUCCCUGAUCCCUUCCAAACAACUUUGGAACUCGAGGCUAAGAAGCAAACCUUGGUGAUUAAAAUAAACUGUCUGAUUACUAGUAUCAAGAGCUAUUUUAACCGUAAGAAGAAUGAGUCUUGGUGAGAAAUGAAAGGGAAACAUAGACCCAUAGCUUUGACCACUGGCUCCAAGAAUAAGCAAAAGUACGCAGCUGAGGACAAACUUGAUGACAAAUAAAGUCAUGGAGAAUUUGAGAGCCCUGCUGGUGCUUAUAACUCAAAGCAUGAAGGGGAUCGAGAAGUUCGUCAAGCAGGGACGUAGAUCCACUGUGCUAGGCAGGACGAACAGUAUUAUUAGCCUACAUGAAAAGAUCAAGACAAAAGACCUCACUGAAGAGCAAAAAUCCAGACUUUUCCUAGAAGAAUUCAGGAAGGAAGGAUUCGUCAUUGACACUAUUAUUAAGAAUAGCAAAGACAAUGAGCUGUUCAGGACUGCCUGGUGAGAUUUUAUAGAUGAGACAUCUGGAGAAUUUGAGAUAAACAGAAAUCGAACUUUAAGUCGCCGAGCCCAGAAGGUCAAACUCACUCAGGUUCCGAACCAACAAACGAUACAACAUCAGGUUUCAAAAAGUUCAAUAUCCUCUGUAAAACAAGCCAGCUCUAGGCUUGUCAGCUUGGAAGAGCGUGAGAAGAAUGCCUUUGAAAAUCCAGUUUAUGAUGAGAAGAUUAAGCAGAUACAAAAGCAGAGUAUUAAGAACAUCAGUCAGCAAAUUGAAGACAUGAUGCUUGAGUUUAGCAAAAACAGAGAUGAUGCCAUCCCUCCUUCACUAUGCUCUAAGAGAGGCAAGAAUAACCUGAGCAUUCCAAGAAAGUUAAAGAAGAAGGUAGUCACACAAGGACUUGUUAAGCAUGACUUAUAAGCAACCAGCUGACUUCAAUUA